GUGGAGCACGUCAAGCUGUUGCUGCAGAACCAGUCCGAGAUGCUGCGCUGGGGCGCCCUCACGUGGCCCUACCGUGGGAUCACCGACGCCUUUGCCCGCGUCCUCCCGCUCGCCGUCGCCAAGAUCCUCCGCGCCCUCGCGCUCCAGGAGACCCCCGACCUCCUCAUCCUCGGCAAAGUGCUCCCUCCAGGUGAAGUUGCCCACCGCAGCACCAAGGGAUUCGUCUCCGAGGACGAGUUCCUCUCCAUCCCGGAGUUCUCCAUCAACCCGCUCUCCCGGGUCUGCCUCCCCUCCUCCUCUCAUCGCCGAGGCAGCGAAUUUUGUUCCCCUGCUCGCUUUGUCCCUGUCAUUCCAGCUCCAGAUGACUGAUUGACUGUAGUAAUCGCGCUGUCCUUGGAUUACACACACUACUUGCCUGUACUACUAUUUUCGUAGUAUUGUAUACAACUCUGUC